GGAAAAGGCGGGACCUAAGGAGCACGUUACGUCCGGACGCGUAGGUGGUGGGGCUGGAUCUCCGAACCUGAAAUUGGGAGUUUCGCACUCGUGUUCGCUGUUGAGGAGCUCCCCACGGGGUUGUAGAGUUUGGACCUCAUGGCAGAGAUAAUUCAGGAGCGCAUAGAAGAUCGGCUCCCGGAAUUGGAACAGCUGGAGCGCAUUGGACUGUUCAGUCAUGCGGAGAUUAAGGCUAUCAUUAAGAAGGCUUCUGAUCUAGAGUACAAAAUCCAGAGAAGAACCCUUUUCAAGGAAGACUUUAUCAAUUAUGUUCAAUAUGAAAUUAAUCUUUUGGAGCUGAUCCAAAGAAGAAGAACACGCAUUGGAUAUUCAUUUAAGAAGGAUGAGAUUGAGAAUUCUAUUGUACACCGGGUACAAGGUGUUUUCCAGCGUGCCUCAGCAAAAUGGAAAGAUGAUGUUCAACUUUGGCUCUCCUAUGUGGUUUUUUGUAAGAAGUGGGCUACUAAAACUCAACUUAGCAAGGUAUUCUCUGCCAUGUUGGCGAUUCAUUCCAACAAACCAGCUUUGUGGAUUAUGGCAGCCAAAUGGGAAAUGGAAGAUCGAUUGUCUUCAGAAAGCGCAAGGCAACUCUUUCUUCGGGCACUGCGCUUUCAUCCACAGUGCGCAAAACUUUAUAAAGAAUACUUUAGGAUGGAGCUGAUGCAUGCGGAAAAACUGAGGAAAGAGAAGGAAGAAUUUGAAAAAGCCAGUAUGGAUGUGGAGCAUCCUGAUUAUUCUGAAGAAAUCCUUAAGGGCGAGUUGGCACGGAUCAUCUACAAAAAUUCUGUAAGCAUAAUUAAAGGUGCAGAAUUUCACGUGUCACUGCUUUCAAUUGCACAGCUAUUUGACUUUGCCAAAGAUCUACAAAAAGAGAUUUAUGAUGACCUUCAGACUCUACACACAGAUGAUCCUCUCACUUGGGAUUAUGUAGCAAGGCGAGAAUUAGAGAUCGAGUCACAGACAGGAGAAGAGCAGCCCACAACGAAACAAGCCAAAGCAGUGGAGGUUGGCCGGAAGGAGGAGAGAUGCUGUGCUGUAUAUGAAGAGGCAGUGAAGACUCUGCCAACAGAGGCCAUGUGGAAGUGUUACAUCACCUUUUGCUUGGAAAGAUUUACUAAGAAGUCAAGUAGUGGGUUCCUUAGAGGGAAGAGGUUGGAAAGAACCAUGACUUCAUUCAGGAAGGCACAUGAACUGAAGCUUCUGUCAGAAUGCCAAUACAAGCAGUUGGUUUGUCUGCCGUUGUGGAUUUCCUGGGCAGAGUGGAGUGAAGGUGCCAAAAGCCAAGAAGACACUGAGGCAGUCUUUAAGAAAGCUCUCUUAGCUGUUAUAGGUGCCGACUCAGUAACCCUGAAGAAUAAGUACCUGGAUUGGGCUUAUCGAAGUGGUGGCUACAGAAAGGCCAGAGCUGUGUUUAAAAGUUUACAGGAGAGCCGUCCAUUUUCAGUUGAGUUUUUCAGGAAAAUGAUUCAGUUUGAAAAGGAGCAAGAAUCCUGCAAUAUGGCGAACAUAAGAGAAUAUUAUGAGAGAGCUUUGAGAGAAUUUGGAUCCACAGAUUCUGAUCUUUGGAUGGAUUAUAUGAAAGAAGAAUUGAACCACCCCCUUGGUAGACCUGAGAACUGUGGACAGAUCUACUGGCGAGCGAUGAAAAUGUUGCAGGGAGAGUCAGCAGAGGCAUUUGUAGCUAAACAUGCUAUGCAUCAGACUGGCCAUUUGUGAAGAGGAAGAAUACAGCCUGCUUUGUGAAACAGUAUUGCAAGCAAGCCCUGGGGGCAAGUUUGUAUUAUGAGUCCAUCUGUAAUUUGCUCAGGGAUGGCAGACAAGAUGGCUGUCUGGUUUUGAGACACACUUUAUUUUAUGUUAACUUGUUAAUGUUUUUUAAAAAUUAAAAAUUUUUUAUGAUUGAGA